CGGAUCGCCUAAGCUUUCAUAAAUCAUACGGUGCGCUGAAGCAAGAAAGCCUGGAUUAAACGUCCCAUCACGGGGAUACGAUGGAAUCUGAGGAUUUGCCUCCGUCCACCCAGCCAAAUUGUCCAGCCACGGCGUAACGUAAUAGCCUAAACCACACUUAUUCAUCCAUUCUGCCGGGGUGUCUGUGACCUCAGGUUUAGGAUACGAGCCCCCCAUCGUACAUUAAAGCAAACGGAUCUGAACAGAAACAAACAGCAGAUAUUUAUCUAAAUUUCUAUAGCACGCUCUUCCUGGACUCGAACCAGGGAAAACAAAGCCCUCCUUAGGGCACUACACAAAUUUCUAUAGCGCGCUCUUCCUGGACUCGAACCAGGGAAAACAAAGCCCUCCUUAGGGCACUACGGAACUACUUCCAACCAGGUAGUCAAUCAAACAUGUCUUACCUGAUUGAGAGUAUCACGUCGAGGUCACCAAAUUGUUAAGAUUGCGCUGCGUGCUGUUCAGAUGCGUUACCAGGAGAUCUCCGAGGACAAGAAGAGAGCGAACCACAUGAGUCUAAAUCAAUCUGGUUUAUUCUCUGCGUGUCCUGACACAUAGCUGCGUCAGGGCGUAUAUAUACACACUUCUGCAUAGGGAGUAUCAGCAGUAGAAAGUUAUGGAAUGUGUUUUGCACACUCAGUAUCAAGGUCACACAGGAGUUAUGCACAGUUCAAUAACCGCGAGAACAUACUCUUUUGCUUUUCUCUGUACCUUCUAGUUUCACUGAAACCACAUUCCUGGUUCCUCCUGUUCUAGGGGGUGUAUGGUCUGCUCUUUCAUGUAUAAUAAAACAACUCCUUAUAUGGUGAGUUGACCAGGAUAUGAAAUAGGAACAGAACAUACGAAAAGUACAAAAUGUACAGAGCAGCACGUAUUAUCUCUGGCCUAAAGUUAACCCUAAACUGCUACACUACACGACAGUCACCCUUGGGCCGCGCAUUUACAAGAGUAGGUUUAGGAGUAUUCAGGAUUAUAUUCUUACAGUGGCUGAGUAAAGGACCUCGGUAUCAAGUCACUGACGAAUGAAUCCUGGAUUGUUUUUGCCCGUGUAAAUCAUUCACAAAGAUCAUCAGAAACCCCUUUAAAGACCUGGAUCUUAGUUAAACAAGACGGAGAAGUGAUCACGGCGCAUUGUAACUGUACGGCUGGGGAAGAAUUUUGUUGCGACCUUCACGCAUAUGGACUUUGUGAGGAGUAAACAAAGAAACAGCUGGGGACUUUAGUGCUUCGUGACUAAAAAAAAGGACGCAGUUCGAAAGCAUCCGGUCUAUGAUCGUCUCUCGUCCUGCCAGAAAAAACAUACUCUGAAAAAUGGAAGACAAGAGGAAGAAAAGGAGUCCUAAAGUGUCUCUCCCUCAACCGCCGCCUCCUCCAGUAAACCCGCGCAAGCUCUCUGUUCUCCCGGCCAGCAAGAGCGCCACCUUUUCUCUGGGUCUCCCUCAACCGCCGUCCCCUAAACCCCGGGGCAAAUACAAGAGAUCCGUCGGAGCCAUGGGGACGGGCAAAGAAGUGCUCACUGUGCCUGUGCUCCCUCCCAAGGCCACGAGUCGGCCUCACAGAGAGAAACCCCGAGCGCCUCAGCCGGCCGGCGCCAGCCGCGUCACGCAGUCCUCCUCUCCGCUACAGCACACCUUCCUCACUGACGUCUCAGACGUGAGAGAGAUGGAGGGAGGACUCCUCAACCUGCUCAACGACUUCCACUCAGGAAAACUGCAGGCCUUCGGUAAAGUGUGUUCGUUUGAGCAGCUCGAGCACGUCCGGGAGAUGCAGGAGAAACUGGCUCGCCUUCACUUCAGCCUGGACAGCCAUGUGGAGGAGCUCUCUGAGGACCAGAAGAAAAGCGCUUCAGACCGCAACCUGGAGCACCUGCUCUCAAACCUGGAAGAGCUCAGCAGCUCCAUACAAAAGUUACACCUGGCAGAGAACCAGGACUUCCCCAAGGCAUCUGAUCCCUGAGACGGAGAGCAAAGCACAGCAAUCUGCUGGCGUCCUGGAGCUGCUGAUGUUACUGCUACACCUCGAUCGGCGAAGCUAAAACGAUGGCGUAGAAGCAGAGCGCAAAACCAGAAGCUGCGACAGCACUGAGCACAAAAACUCAUCACAACGCCUUCAUUUAUUUUUUAAAAUGGAUACCCUGUGCUUUGCUCUUUAAAUCACUGUGAUGACUUCUUCUGAAUUUCCAAAUUUUUUUUUUUUGCUUUUGUUGUUUGAUGGUACUUUAAAUUUUUAAAAGGUCAUUGAUUACAUGACGUACGCGUUUGGUGAAUAUUGUGGAUAUUCGAACAAGAUGGCGCCAUCAGAAACAUGCUUUAUGUUCUGUUUGAAACCAGGAUGAAGAAAAAAAAAGAUGCAAAUCUGAGGAUAGUUGCGUGAACUUGGAAGGAAAUUCAAUUUCUGCAGUGCUUCAUGAUGCCACGAUGUCCAUGCCACUUCUUCUCUCUGUCCAGAGCUACAGUCCUGUGCAAAAAUUUUAGCCCUCCUGUUUUUUUCCCUCCAAUCUUUGUUAUAGAUUUCUAUUUUAUGACUUCUACAUUAUCGAGUCAUAAUGUUACAAAAACGUUUGAGUUCCACACAUUCGCUUUUGAAAAAGUUUGUAUCUGAGCAGCAUAUUCCUGCAUAGAGGCGAGCACUUUUCAGAUGAAAAAAGAAAACAUAAUAGUGCAAAAUGAAGAAGCGAGUGUGACAGUCAAAGUGUCCAGAAGAACUGUGGCUGGUUCUGUAAGAUGCUCAGUAAAACGUACAGCUCAUUUCCGCAUAACACUGCACUCAUUGUACCUCAGACUACUGCCUUUUUUUUUUUUUUUAAGCAGAGGGUCGUCUCACACCAAAUACUGACUUUGCAUUCACUCAUUUAUUAUGGCUUACUGAUUUACUGUUUAUUUUAUUUUAUUUUUACUGUUUAUAGUAUUCAUUUCAUAAGCUAUUUUUGGUCUUUACAUGUGCUUAAGACUUUUGCACAGUACUGUAAACGGAACCAGUCAUGUUUAGGUUUAAUGUUUCUUGACGCAUCGAUGAAAUCCAAAACCGGAUGCUUAAAUGGCCUCCAUUUGGAUUGAUGUCUUUGUUCAGCAGCCAGUUCUUUUUUCCAAAGGGACUAAUAAGUGAGACAGACUCCAGUGCAAGCACACAGCUUUAGAAUCUUGCUCAAGAUUACAACAGUGGGAUUUGAACUCACAGCCUUCUGGUGGCUAGCACAGAACCUUCACUGCUCAGUUAACUUUGUGCGUCAUCUUAACCACUCGCUCAGGACUAUGUGAGAUGGUGCUUCAUCAUUGUGUAGCACAAACAAGAAUAUUUUAUGUCAAGAAAUGGGCUUUAAAGGAAUAGUUAAGCUCAUAAUAAAAAAAAAUCAGAAUAAUAACAUUGCACAACGCUCCACUUGACACCAAAUCAGCGAAAAUGUCUUUGGGCCUUGAAGUAUGCUCGUCGAGUUCCUGUUGUUAGCGAGCAAAGAAAUCAAAUUGUGUCUCGUGUAAAAUCCUUUCCGACGUACACACUUGGUUCUGAAACAGUAUCUGGUUUAUAUUCCAUCUAUAAAUUGAGAAAGAUGAAUGAACGUUUAUGAUGUAUUUGGAAUGCUCCAGGCAGCCAUCUUGGACAACCAGAAUACGUUUUUUUCCAUCGUGAAAUGUGGUAUCGCUCCACUCUCAGGCGACGUCUGAUGAUAAUAUAGUGUGUAUUUACAGGGGAAAAAUAGUCUGAGCUCGACAUCUAUUACUUGUUCGCUGUUUAUUGUCGUCACUCAACACCAAACGUGUCUCGACUGAUUUGGGUCAAAGAGAAUGUUGUGUAAAGUUCCUUUAAUUGAAACAUAUACAAAGGUUUCGACCGAUGGUUGAAUAUUCACAGCGUGCAGUAGCUUUUCAGUCAGGUUUAGAAAACUGAGCACUAUUUUACGAAUGUAGAGAAGAGAGAUAUUAUUGCGAGUCAGCACGCUGAAGGGAAAAAAGUAAUUUUCUAAAUGUUUUAUUUCUCGAAAUUGUAGUUGCUUGUUAUUUAGUUGAGGUACAAGUAGCUAAGUGAGUCUGCCUGAGUUCUCCUUUAGCCUGUGACACUUUAGCUACGUUCUUCUUCUUCUUAUUAUUAUUAUUAUUGUUGUUGUUGACAGGCAGGCGAAAGAAUAUCUGGUAGUUCAGAGACUUGAACUUCUCGUCGCUCUCGCAGAAGCUGAGCCACUGUCAAAUGUACACCUUUUGUUUCAGGCGAAUUUGCUUUAUGUUUUGCGACGUUGAUGAUUUGUGCGAUUGUCGUUACUAUUCAGCAAGAUGUGUAUUUUUUCCAUCAGUGAAGUAGUUCCCAUUUUGAAAUGAAAAAUAAAUUUGAUUUAAUACAGAAA